AUGAUAUUUGCGCUCCUUUUCAUUAUUAGUUCAAUCUUAGCCAUUAUUUACUUAAAUGGUUUAUACAAUGAAAGGUACUGGAAAAAACGUGGAGUUACCUUCUAUAAUAGGAACAAGACAUUUGGCAUAGUUUGGGAUUAUCUAACCAAAAAUAGAUCCUUGUUCGAAUAUCUUAACGAUAUAUACAAGCAAUAUCCUAAUGAACCAGCAGUGGGAAUCGGUUCAUUUCUCACACCAGCGCUAUAUGUACGAGAUCCUGUAAAUAUUCAAUAUGUGUUAUCCAAAAAUUUCAAUGCCUUUAAUCAUAGAGGUGUAGAAAUCAACGAAGGUGAUCUGCUGGCAGACAACAUCCUAUUCCAACAUGGUGAAAAAUGGAAAUUAGUGAGACAAAGUAUGACACCUCUAUUUACUUCAGCAAAGCUCAAAAGUAUGUAUUAUAUUAUUGAUAAAAGUGUACAAGAUUUUAUCCGAUAUUUAAAAGAUGAUGCCAAAUUGGCAAAAGGUAAUACUUUUACAAAUUUAUCCACGUUUUGCAGUGCAGCAAUGUGUGCAUCUGUAUUUGGAGUGACUUCUAAGUCGAUAUUCGAUUCUCCCUUUCUAAAUUUAGCUCAAAAUGCACUUCGAGCAGGAUUUAAACGGAAUAUAAAAUUUGCUAUUGCAAAUAUAAGUAAAUCAUUAUUCAAAUUAUUGAAUAUAAAGUUUUUUAAAGAACAUGAAGAUUUCUUUAUUGGAGCUAUCAAAAAAGUUAUCCACCAACGUAAAUCUGACAAUGUUAAAAAACACGACUUUGCUGAUAUUUGCGUCGCUCUGCAAAGUAAAGGAUUACUAAAAGAACCUGUGUCAGGACUUGAGUUGGAACCUACCGACGAACUUCUCGCUGCUCAAGCAUUUUUCUUCUUUAUAGCGGGCGUUGAACCGACCGCUGCAGCAAUGUUUGCUACUUUAGUAGAAUUAGGGAGGCAUCCGGAGCACUUACAGCGGCUACAGGAAGAAAUAAAUGAGACAUUUGAAAAAUAUGAUGGAAAAUUGACAUAUGAAGCAGUUACUAGCAUGGAGUAUUUGGACAGGGUGAUAUGUGAAGGUAUUCGCUUACAUCCACCAGUUGGUUUCUUAACCAGGCAAUGUGUUAGAGACACCGUGUUACCAGUUGGAAACAUUAAAAUAGAUAAGGGAACCAAGAUUUUUACUCCAAUAUAUGAAGUGCACCAUGAUCCUAAAUAUCAUGUCGAUCCAGAAGAUUUCAAUCCAAAUAGAUUUUCACCAGAGAAUCGUGCGUUGAUAGCAGAUAUAGCUUACGUGCCCUUCGGUAAAGGAAACAGAGUGUGUAUUGGUAUGAGAUACGCGCAGCUACAAGCUAAAUCUGGAUUGGUACAUUUACUACGACAUUUUUCUGUUAAAACACAUAUUUUUGAGGGCGGUAUUCAAUAUCAAAAAGAACAAGUACAAGUAAGGCUGAAAAAUGUGCGUGUCGAAUUAGUGUUAAGAGAUAAAGAAAAC